CCUUUCUUUCCGUGUCAACACAACGUUAAUCACUUACCAACAGGGGCGUUUCAGACAGGAAAGACUAAUUAAGUUUGAAAUACUUCUUGAGUGAUUAAUAGUUCAGUGAUAAUGUCCGGACAUAAAUAUAUCAGUAACACAAGCAAUUUAUUUGAAGAUGAGGUUGAUGACGACACUUUCGUAUCUAGCUACCGAUCGAGGAUACCACCUUCACAGCCCAAGCCUACUGCUCCUUCGUAUGGUGGAGGUCACAUUGCGGAAUUGGAACGGCAAAGACAAACGAUGCUUGAAAGACAAAGAGAAAUCGAACAACGAACCUUGGAUUCGUCAGCACGUAGCAUAGGCCUUCUACGCGACUCGGAAAAAAUAGGCAUAGAUACUGCAGAAGAACUUGCACGCCAACGAGAUACACUCCAAAACACAAACAAAAGACUUGACGAGAUUAACACUAAUUUAACCUAUAGUCAAAAACAUUUGAAUGGCAUCAAAUCUGUGUUUUAUGGACUAAAGAACUAUAUUUCUGGAAAAUCUGAUCAGACACCUUCUAGAAGUCAAGCGUCUCCUGAAAUAAGAAAUUCUGAAAAGAGUGGCCCUAGCCGCUUAGACAAUACUUUGGACAAUUUGUCUAAUAAUAUUGCAAGUGAAGACCUAUAUACUUCUCAUCCUUCUACACGCUUAAGAGGUUUGGAAGAACCUUCUUCAUCUGGACCUGUAUCUGAUAGCAAACGCAUCAACGAUAUGCUGGAUGCUAAUUUAGAUGAAAUGCUUGUUUCCAUAUCUAGACUGAAAGGACUAGGGGUAGCCCUUGGUGAUGAGAUUGAGCAACAAAAUGAACUGAUAGACACUAUUCAAGACAAAGUGGAGGGGGCUGAUAUUAAAAUUGGAAGUCAAAAUAAACAAAUGAACAAAUUGCUUGGCAAAUAGUUAUGAUAUUGGCAUGAGAUCUUUGCACAUCAACUUUUUGUACAUUUUGUUAAACUGUAAUUAAUGCUAAGAUAUAGUAAAUCCUUCACAUCUGUCAGU